AUGAAGCUGGGAUUGUUCUUUGUAAUGGUGGUGCUUUUGCUUUUGUUACCUCUCGCUUCACCUCUCAGUGAUGAAGGCAAAGCAUUAAUGUCCAUCAAAGCAUCAUUCAGCAACGUGGCUAAUGUGCUGCUGGAUUGGGAUGACGUUCAUAACGACGAUUUUUGUUCAUGGCGAGGCGUGAGUUGUAGCAAUUUCAGCACUUCUGUCGCUGCGCUAAAUUUAUCGAGCCUGAACUUGGGGGGAGAAAUUUCGCCAGCAAUUAGAGAUUUGAAGAAUCUGCAAUCUCUUGACCUCCAGGGAAACAAUCUAACCGGUCAAAUUCCAGAUGAGAUUGGUUACUGUGUCUAUCUGAUGCAUUUGGAUUUAUCAAAUAACAUUUUGUAUGGAGACAUACCCUUCUCAAUCUCUAAGCUUAAGCAACUUGAUUUCUUGAACUUGAAGAAUAACCAGUUCACUGGUCCAAUCCCUUCUACGCUCACACAGAUUCCUAACCUUAAAACUCUUGAUCUUGCUCAAAACCAGCUUACGGGUGAGAUACCAAGAUUGAUAUACUGGAAUGAAGUACUUCAGUAUCUUGGUCUGCGUGGAAAUUCAUUAACUGGAUCAUUGUCCCCUGAUAUGUGCCAGCUCACUGGCCUCUGGUUCUUUGAUGUAAGGGGUAAUAACCUGACCGGAACUAUUCCUGAAAACAUUGGUAACUGUACAAGCUUUGAGAUCUUGGAUAUCUCCUACAAUCAGAUCACUGGAGAGAUUCCUUACAAUAUAGGGUUUCUACAAGUGGCUACUCUGUCUCUACAAGGAAAUCGGCUAACUGGAAAGAUUCCAGAGGUGAUAGGUUUAAUGCAAGCCCUUGCUGUACUGGAUUUAAGUGAAAAUGAACUAGUUGGACCAAUACCCUCAAUUUUAGGCAAUUUGUCUUACACCGGAAAGCUGUAUCUUCAUGGGAACAAGCUUACCGGAAGAAUACCACCUGAGCUGGGAAAUAUGACAAAACUGAGCUAUUUGCAACUAAAUGAGAAUCAAUUGAAUGGUGUAAUUCCUGCUGAACUUGGGAAAUUGGAACAACUUUUUGAGUUAAAUCUUGCAAAUAACAAUCUUGAAGGGCCCAUUCCCGAUAACAUCAGUUCUUGCACAGCAUUAAAUCAAUUGAACGUACAUGGUAAUCACUUAAAUGGUUCAAUUCCAUCUGGACUGAAACAUCUAGAGAGCCUCACGUAUUUGAAUCUUUCAUCCAACCAGUUUAUGGGCAGCAUACCAGUCGAGCUGGGGCAUAUCAUCAAUCUUGACACAUUGGAUCUAUCAAGCAAUGGUUUUACUGGACAAAUUCCUGCUUCUGUUGGAGAUUUGGAGCAUCUUCUAACUCUGAAUUUAAGUCACAACCAUCUUGAUGGCCAUAUUCCUGCCGAAUUCGGUACUCUAAAGAGCAUACAGGAAAUCGAUAUUUCAUUCAACACAUUGUGGGGCAGCAUCCCAGAAGAGUUGGGACAGCUGCAAAAUCUCGCCUCUCUCAUUCUAAAUGACAACAAUUUGAAUGGAAGAUUUCCCAACCAACUAACUAAUUGUUUGAGCCUUGACAAUCUGAAUAUUUCGUACAACAACUUUACCGGGGUUAUUCCACAGGGCAAAAACUUCUCGCGGUUUCCACCUGACAGCUUCAUUGGAAAUCCAUUAUUAUGUGGCAACUGGCCGGGUUCGAUAUGUGACCCCACUCCAAAAAUCAAGGCUAUGAUUUCCCAAACAGCUGUUGUUUGCGUUACAUUAGGCUUCAUUGCUUUGUUAUCCAUGAUAAUAGUUGCUGUUUACAAGUCCAACUUGCCAAACCAGUUUCUGAAAGAAUCCAAUCAUAGCAUUCAAGGUUCGCCAAAACUUGUUGCUCUUCACCUGGAUAUGUCAAUUUAUACGUACGAGGAUAUUAUGAGGCUCACUGAGAAUUUAAGCGAGAAAUACAUUAUAGGAUAUGGAGCUUCCAGCAUAGUGUACAAGUGCAUAUUGAAAAAUUCCAGAUCAAUUGCAAUUAAGCGACUUUACAGUCAGUAUCAAUGUAACUCUGGCGAGUUUGAGACUGAACUUGAGACAAUUGGCAGUAUCAGGCACAGAAACUUUGUGAGCUUGUAUGGAUACUUGCUUUCACCCCAGGGGAAUCUUCUCUUCUAUGAUUAUAUGGAAAAUGGAUCUCUAUGGGAUCUUCUUCACGAUCCAUCAAAAAAGGUAAAACUCGACUGGGAAACGCGCCUGAAAAUUGCUGUUGGAGCUGCGCAAGGACUUGCUUAUCUUCACCAUGAUUGCAACCCAAGAAUCAUUCAUAGGGAUGUAAAAUCCUCAAAUAUUCUGCUCGAUGAAAAUUUUGAAGCUCAUAUCUCUGAUUUCGGGAUCGCAAAAUGUAUACCCAAUGCAAAAACUCAUGCAUCUACCUAUGUUCUUGGAACGAUAGGCUAUAUAGACCCCGAGUAUGCCAGGACUUCCAGGCUAACUGAAAAAUCUGAUGUCUAUAGCUUUGGCAUUGUUCUUCUGGAGCUACUGACUGGAAAGAAGGCUGUGGAUAACGAUCUGAACCUGCAUCAACUGAUACUAUCGAAAGCAGAUGAUAACACGGUGAUGGAGACUGUGGAUCCCGAGGUUUCUGUUACCUGCAUGGACUCAGGUCACAUAAGGAAAACUUUUCAACUUGCUCUACUUUGCACGAGGCCUCAUCCAUUCGAAAGGCCAACGAUGCAUGAUGUUUCUCGGGUUCUUGUCUCCAUACUACCACCCCCUCCGGUGAAAACUUGCUCGGCUCCUCCAACAAGUAUCAACUAUGCACAGUUUGUGAUCGGAAAAGGACAGACCCAACUGCAAAUGCCUCCACAGCAACUCCAGCAAGACAACAAUUCUUCUGAUGCUCAAUGGUUUGUUAAAUUUGGAGAAGUUAUAUCGAAAACCAGUCUCUAA